AUGACUAACGAAACAACCAGCAAAACUUCCGCAUCUGAGGCCAAAGCCAUAUUUCAAACAAUGCUUAUGAGUGAUCUGCAUUUGGAGUUCAACAAUGUAAUCAUUCCAGAGUUUCCAGUUGUUGCACCAAUUCUUAUACUCGCCGGAGACAUUGGAAGUCCAGUUGUACCAUCUCUACAAACAUUCUUACUCACUCAAUGCCAAAGAUUCGAACAUAUCUUUUACGUUGCAGGAAAUCAUAGUUUCUACGGAGGAAUAUAUGAAGAUCGUCUUAAACAGCUUCAAGAACUCGACAAUCUGAAUCCUCGUAUUCACUUUUUACAAAACAAAAGCUAUCUUCUUCCGAAUAAUGUGCGUAUACUCGGUACUACACUUUGGUCUCAUGUUCCUCAAGAAACUGCUUCGAAAAUUGGUCGAUGUCUUAAUGAUUAUAGACUUAUUUGGACCACAGCUGAAGAGACGAACGGAGACAGUAAAAGCAAGAAGCCGCGUCGAAUUACAGUGGAUGAUACAAACAAGUGGCAUGCUGAACAACAUGCUUGGUUAUUGCAAGAGAUCCAAAAAGCGCGAGAGAAUCGAGAACAUGUGGUUGUUAUAACUCAUCAUGCUCCGUCUCGUCGUGACACUAAUUCAGUAGAAGAUGAGGAGACUGGUAUUGGUGAUGCAUUCGUCAAUGAUCAUGAUGCAGACUGUGUCGAUCCUGUUCGUUUGUGGGUAUAUGGACAUACACAUCGAUCGACUGAUCUGACUGUAAAUUCUACGAAAGUAGUGAGCAAUCAACUUGGAUAUGUUGACGAGAAUUGUGGAUUCCGACCGAAUAUGAAGAUCAUUUUGUACGAUGAUGAGACUGUUACGGUAACAGAUUCUGUUCCUUCUGAAUCAUGA